AUGUUUUCCAGGAAGGUGAAGAAGCUCAAGAGCGAGCUCGAGAACGAGCACAAAUCUAAUGACGCGCCGAGCAAGCCGUCGAAGAAGGAGCGUGCCGGGCGAGACGGGCUGCAGCAGGCUCGUGUGGAGCAACACGUCAAGGGGUUUGAUGCGCAGAGAUCGGAGGAGGCCAUUUUGCCGGGCAUCACCGUGAUGAAGGACAUGUUAUGGAAGGCAGAGAAUUAUGGCAAAGGAAGGGACGAUCGAUGGGCGCGACUUCUCGAAGCGCUACCGCAAUACAAUGAUCGAGCUGCGACCGUCGACUUCAUCGAGGAGUACGAUUGGAGGGAGCUGGAUGGAAAUUCCCAGCUGUACGACGAUGCGGUCGACGCUUUUUUGGAGGUGAUUAUGAGAAGCCAACAGAACAUUCUCUUCCGUCGCAUACCGUCCAACUUUUGGCAUGACCCCAAAAACUACCCGGUUACGAAUAUCGACGACAUCAACGCCACUUGGCUUUGGCCAAUCUGUGAUAACGGGCACUGGUGGCUCUACGUCGUGCAGCCCUCCUCAGGCGACGUGCUUCAUUGGGACUCCCUUUUCAACGAAUCUGAUGCCGCUGUCUAUUUGAAGCGGUUUGAGACGGCUGAACGUCGAUUGGAGGAGUUGUGGCCUCAGAAGAAGUGGCGCCUCAACUACCGAAAGAUUGCCGAUCAAAGCGACGGAUCCAGCUGCGGCGUCUGGGUGUGCGUCUAUGCCGACGCGAUUGUGGGCGGCGUCGAGCCGAGGGCGACGAUGGAAGACAUGCCGCAUUGGAGGGAGCGCAUCCUAUGGGCAUUGGUCACCGGAUGUCGCCCCGAUCUUCCAGGUUUCGUGACUCUUGCCCGUGCCCCAAUAUAUGUUCUGAUUAAGAAUACCGAGCCUCUAAUCGAUCGCGCAAUACGCAGCCAAACACUCCAAGAACAUCGAUCCAGCGUCCCGGUGGCGUCCCUCCGAGGGAUCGGGCUGCGACCAAGUCGACGAGCCGCUCCCGUGCCAUCCAGCGCUCUCCUUCAACAGCUGUGCGCCGUCGAAAGCAAGGCAGCCAUCUAUCGCACGAAGUCGGGUACCCGCAUCGUGUUCUGCCCGGCCCAAGAUCAGCCACCGUCACUAACCGUCCUUUUCGGCGCUUCAUGCGACACUUCCGAAGGGCACCACCACAUGCUCGAGCACAUGAAGGUCUUGCGUUCGAGUCAUCCGGAUGGCAAGGGCAGCAGCGAGUUUUUGGACCAUGCACUGGCUAGAUGCGAGAUCCACAACCAGGGGACGACAAGCAUCCACGGGAGCGUCACCUAUCAGCUCUACGGUACGCACGAGGAGGGCAUUGUCGCCGUAUUGGAUCUUUGGUUAUCGCAAGUGCUCAUGCCGCCCGUCUUCACCGAGGCCGACUUGCGCACCGAACUGUAUGCCCUCACCCCAAAUGGAGAUCCGCUCGGUGUGCUCUUCAGCGAGCUCGAAGAGAUUCGCAGGACAGGGGGCACAUUGAGGAAUGACGUGGCCGCUGCAAAAGUUCUAUUCGGCCGGAAUUUCAACUUCUCCGGCGACCCUUCCGGGGAGCCAAACGACCUCGCCAAGGCCUUCCAUGAGCGGGACAUAGGAAAAGAACUGACCGAUCUCCAUCACAGCCACUACUUUCCAUCAAAUAUGACCCUAAUGUUCGUCGGAAGCUAUGAACAUCAACGAGUGGAGACUGAAGUGGAAGAGACAUUGCGCCGCUUCACCAACAACAAAUUACCCGCCAUUGGUCCAAUCUUGCCGAAUUUCAACAACGAGGCCGAGCCCAACCAGGGCCUGUUCAAAAAAAUUACUAUCCGAGUGGCCGAGGUCAGCGACACGGUCGUGUCCCGAACAUGGCAAUCACGCAGAGACGGUGACCAUCUCCUGCGGCAUGCCAUCGAAAUCUUGUGCAAGGCCAGCGUGCUCCAACUGACACAAGAUCUCAACACCGACAGCAGCAAGAUUUCGUUCCUAUCGUUGCCUGCUCGAUUCACGAUCUCGAUUUCAUGUCUGGAUCUACCCACCGACGCGGCAAUAAAAGCGCUGGAAACGUUAGUGUGCCCGUCCGAUGAGAACAUCAGAAAAGCCAUCGAUCAGUGCCUCUUCGAUCACUAUUCCAAGGUCCAAAUACCAUCCGACCACCACGAAAUGCUGAUGAUGACGAUGAUGCGCGGUCUUUACGAGCAAUGGAGCGACGAGGCCAUUCUAGCCGCAUUUAACGAGAAGCCUUACUGGUGCGAGCUUGAGUUGAAGCCCGCGGCGUGGUGGAAGACGCUUUACGACAAGACAGUCAAGAUCUACACGUCGGUGAUGGUGAUGGCCGAACCAGAAGAAGAGAAACAGAUCGGCCGCCAAUCCGCCGUGCCCAAGCGCCUCUUAGCCGUCACUGAGCCACAAAAUAUGAAAGGGCUGCCAAAAGCGUUGAAUAUGAAGCUCUCCGCGCGCAAGGCCGCAUUCCCACCGCUCAAAUGCUCGAAGUUUCUACCGUACCACGACAACUACGAUAAAGCGAAUUUCGUGGUGCCGACUUCGGUCAUUCUGAAUGACAGCCAGUACAUCAAGGUGCUUGCAAUUGUCGAGGUCCCCGGCCGAUUGCUAUCCAAGGCAGAGCGCCUCCUGCUCUCCUGCCUGCUGCAGCAAGCUUUCGGGGAGAACGUCGGCGAUCGGCCACGACUUCUGCACGGCUGCCAUCCGGGUUACGAAGGGUUGGGCCAACGGCUAUUUUGCAUUGAAUUGAUGUGUGAUUUGAACGACGUCGGCGAGUUGCCCGGAUGGCUGCAGCAAUACCUACUCCGCGACGACGAGAAGGGCGAGCAGGAAAUAAAAGAUGCCGCAGACACUGCCACCAACCGCAACGACAACAAGAACAAAACCAAGAACAAGAACAACAAGAACAACGACGACAACAACAACACGUUGCAAGAACAGUCGGUUUUUGCGCUCGUUUUUGCACAACCUUCCCGUUUUGAACACGCGAAGAAACACUUAACCGGAGGGCGCGGCGGGCGACAAACCGACGACGACAUUGACCUCCUGUGGCAAAUGAAGGUGGCCGAUAUCCCAUACACCAGCCCAUUACAACUCGGCUCCAAGGAAACCUACAACAAAGGCUGGGAGGUGUUUGAAAAGGUUGUCGAGCAGUACAAGAGGGGCACCGUCAACCUGCACUUCUUAUGCAACGAGAAGGCGAUCGAAUGCCUGAAGGACAUCAAAAAAUGGCAUUUCCUGACCGUCGUCGACCCGAAGCAGCCCCAGCAAACGUUCAUCCGGUGCGAGGCGACCCGGCUGCUGCCCAUCUCCCCUCGAAACUGGCACGUGCACGGGUUCGUGGGGCUGACAACACUGCAUGCCUCGAUCCCGAUGUCGGCCACGACGACCGCUGACGUGGCUACCACCUUGGCGGUGGCGGCACUGCUCGAGGAUUUCGCAGGCCCGGUGGUGCGCGCGAUUCGUGGUACAGGACUGGGGUAUAGCGUGAUCGUCGACUACAACGAAGCCCUCCAACUUCUAACGCUGAAGAUCACCUGUGUGCCCCAGCCCGACCAAGCAAUCAAGAGCAUCCGGGCACAGCUGGAUAUAUUCACGCUGACGGAGGCCAUCAUCAAACGCUCCAAGUACAUCGCGGCCAACAUUUUCUACACAAAAAUGAUGACCGGCCCGCAGCGCCAAACCGCCCUCGUAACACAGCUGCUCCGACGGGACACCGGGAAGAGGCUCAAAAACCAGCGGACGAACAAGAACUGGGCCCCCGUUGGCAAUGAAAAG